UCUGAUACAAGGAAUCAACAGUUGUCGGUGUUGCGAGGGAGCCUUGAAGAUCAAGAUGCAGCGCAGCUGUGCGCUUGCUUUGCUGGUGAUUGGAUGACGAUAGUCUUUUAUUUGUUAAAGUUUUUGUACACACCCACUGUAGUGUAUUUUGUAAUACCACCUCGUAGCUCCGAACGUAUGUAGUCAAUUGUAUUAUGUUCUGUGAAAUUGCAAGUAAUCCAGAGGCUAUUUGUCGUUGAAGGACGUUGACCUAUAUAUUGUUGUGAUUUUACCAUUCUUUACUCUCUCAACUUACUAGCAAUUCACUAACCAUGGAAGUCACGCACCGGAUUCCAAAGUUAGUCGAGACUAUUACUUUUGCCAACUAUUUGCCUUUGCUAUCAAAAGCAACUUCGGACUCGUCCGAACCUACACCAGGAUAUUUAUUAAAUGAAAUUGAAAAGUUGAGUUACGACUACCCUCACCACUGCAAACAAAUAGUGAACUUCUUGUUGAGGCGCCUUGAUAAACCUUCAACGUAUAUUAAAAUCAAGGUAUUGAAAAUUCUGGACCAUCUUAUUCUAAAUGGGCAUGUGAAUUUGCGUGCAGCUAUGAGGAAAAACGACUCCGCUAUCAAGUCGGCUAUGAAGUGUAGUGGAGUGCCUGACCCACUGACUGGAAUGGUCGUAUAUGAGCAGAUCAGAAAAAUGGCUAAAGACUUAUUGGACAGCCUUUAUCUGACCGAGAGAAUACAGCAAGACGAUGAGCUCCUCAUGAACAGCAGGGAUGUCAGGCCAAUCAAACCUUUCCUGGGCGCUUUAGGAUCUAGCAUGUCGACUGACUCAAAGUACCAAGGUUUCGGAAACAGUCCAAACGCCAAAGAAGAAACUGUGGUUGAAAAAGUUUGGAGCUACAUUGAUAAAUUGUCUACACCGAGUGAUCAAGCGUCAAAAAUAAUCAAAGAAGCAAUCGAAAGCUCAGUCGGAGAAUAUGAAGCUGUCCGAAUUCCACCUCAACUGAUGCAGUUUCAAAAUAUGGAGGGCACUAGACAUUUAAUGAUGCCAAAUUUACCAAUGCCGUCAAAAGUAACUGUGAAAUCUCAUGUGCCUGGCAGAGCAGGAGGUGGAUGGGAAGAUUCAGAUGAAGAGCACGAAAAUGAGGUAGAUUUGGCAUUAAGCGAACACAGAAGUUUAGCUUCUAUAGAAUUGAUGGACGAGAGCCACAGCAAGGAUAGUUUGGAAGAAAGAAAUGCUAUAACAAAAUUUGCAGAAAGUGGAGCAUUUCCUGUCUCGUGGAAAGAUAUUUCCGACACUUGUGCCGAAUGCCUGAAACUAAGCAUGACGGAUGUCUUGACCACCCUGGAAGAAGAGCUAAGCAAUCAGUCUGAGAGCAAGAGUAUGAGGCUCAUGGUUGUGCUGGAGGCUCUUCUCCAAACUGAAGUGUUCACAUCGCAAAGGUCAAUCGAGCAAGCCCUAGCAAUAGUAGGUCCCAAACUUAGAGCAAUAAUUGGCAGUGUCGAUUCUCCAGAACGGGUUGUGAUCAAAGCCAAAAAGAUACUAAUUGUUUUAAAUUCUCACGCGGUUCCCAGUUAAAUUAUAAAUAAUGUUCAAAAUGGAAAUAAAAUACAAUUUUUUUAAGUUACAAAUAUUUCGGAG